AUGACGGCUAUUCAGGACUACCAGUACCGACCACUCGUGGAAGAUGACAACUCGCGCUUCAUACAGUUGUAUCCAGCGGCGCAGUUCGACGAUCCCAUACACGUGGAUCUCGUCGAGCGGGCGUACGAUGUCUCGAAUACCGAUGGCCCGACCGGCUACGAAGCUUUGUCCUAUACGUGGGGCACAGAUCUGGAUUCGGCUUACAUCUUCGUUGCGCAAGAUUCUCGCUUGCUUGUCCGUCGCAAUGUUACCCAUAUCUUGAGGUAUCUGAGGGACGCGGAUAAUGACGAGAAAGGAAAGCAGGUUACCAUGAUGGGGAAAAUCUACGCAUGUGCUACGAGUGUGCUGAUCUGGACCGGAGAACCCGGACACGACUUGCAAGCGUUCAAGGUCGGGCCUCCAAAUAAAUACUUCUUCACUGGGGAGGACGACGACAUUACUCGUGCAAUGAAGUUCCUCGAGACUGGAUGGUUUACUAGGCGCUGGGUAGUCCAAGAGGUCAUGCAUGCACGCGAAGCUUACAUUAUCUCCGGUAAUGGUACCACGCAGUGGCAUCAAUUAAGUUCCCUUAUCAAGAUCCUCGAGAAAGCAACUGUCUACAAAGCGUUGACGCCGCACAUUAUUGCAAUGUUGCGCCACUUGAGCAAUCUCACCGCAGCACGAAACACAGACUCAGAGGACUCGUCUCCGGGCAACGAAAAUACUACCGGUCUUCGAACGGAUGAUACCGUAGCUCAGGCGGAGAGUAUGGCGACACUCUUGACACGGUACUCUGUUACCGAAUGUGCAGAUGGCCGCGACAGGAUAUACGCACUGAGAAGUCUCAGUUCGACCUCAAUUCCAGUUGACUAUGAAGUAUCAACGAAUGAGCUAUAUUCUCGUUUGAGCCAGAACGAAGUGGUCCGAUAUCCGAUGGGCAUCAUGAGCUGUGCUGGGGCCUUCGUCUUCUCUCAAGAUGCAAUGCCCGACAUUGCCAGGAGAAGGGGUAUUGGUUAG